CUGAGAGGGUUCCGGAUCCCAGGGAAGGCGGAAGCCAUCAUCGUGGCACUGUUUGCCGACAACACGACUGUGUACCUGUCCGCAGAGGACAAGUACAGUGACCUCCUUGACAUCCUAGACGGGUGGUGCAGGGCAUCACGAGCAAAGUUCAACAAAGGUAAAACGGAGAUCAUACCGAUAGGCACCGGAGAGUUCCGAGAGAGGGUAUGGCAGACGAGAAAGAUGGACGCGAGCACGGUGGAAAUGAUCCCGCAGGAUGUGCGAAUAUUAAAAGAUGGAGAGGCGGCCAAGCUGCUUGGGACAUGGAUCGGGAACGGGAUAGACGAAGCGGGAGUAUGGUCGGACACGGCGGACAAGGUGAAACGGAACCUAGACAGAUGGAAUGCAGCGAAGCCGACACUACAAGGGAAAGCCCUGGUCGUGCAGAUGGUGGUCGGAGGACUCACCCAGUACAAGACGAGGGUACAGGGAAUGCCAAACUCGAUACUGGAAGACCUGAACAAGAUGAUAUGCAACUUUAUAUGGGGAGAAGGCCGAGCCUCCCUGAUAGUGAUGGCCGAGCUCCAGCGACCCAAGGAGGAAGGA